AACCACACUUCGCCACACAAUUACUCAGGCUAAGUGAGAGUGAGUGAGUGAUCGCAAUUAUUAUAUAAAAUAUUUACAUUCCUAGUAAGUGGGAGAGAGAGAGAGAGAUGGCUAAGUGGUGUAUGUUUUUGCUGGUUCUUGCUCUUGUUGUUGUUGCUGCAGCAAGUGCAAGAGAUGUACCAAGUGAUGCUGGUCUCAAGGACCAGAAGAACUUUAUGACAUUUGGUGGUGGUUUUUAUGGACUAGGAAACAACGGAAUGCCAUUUGGUGGAAUCGGAGGUGGUAUAGGUAGUGGUGGACUUGGUGGUGGUGGUGGUGCUGGUGGCUUUGGUGGUUUAGGAGGACUUGGUGGUGGAGUUGGAACUGAUAUAGGUGGUGGUGUUGGAAGUGGUGUUGGUGGUGGAAGUGGUGUUCUUCCUUUUCCUUAAGAUCAUCAUCAACAUUCAACAAAACGUGCAUGGUUUUUCUUUAGUUUCUUUGAAAUUGUUACUCUUAACUUUCGGUGUUUGUGUGUAUGUGUUGUUUAUCGUUUAAGCAUUCUAGCUAGCUAGCAUUUCUUGUUUAUUAGUGUUAUUAGAAAUUAGUGGUAUCUCUUGUAAGUUGUAAUGUAUCUUUUUGAAAGUAAUGCAAGCAAUUUAUGAGUUUAA